AUGUCCGCUCUGACAACAUUCUGCAAAAGCGACAACUCCACCAAGAAUAAGUCAAGUCUUGAGUAUGUGUUAUGGACCAUUGAGUGGUACUGUGUAAUCGCGUUCAUUGGCGUGGAUGCAACGCCAGGCAUCGCAUGUUGGACACAGCAUUAUAGUUCUUGUGAGAACACCGUGGUACGUAAUCUGUCCGAAACAGCGGUGCAGAGGGCUAUCCAAAGGUUUAGUAAGUUGUCAUACUAUAAAGUGAAUGACUCCAAGUCCAGUAUGCUCAACAUGGGGAUCUCUCCAGACACCCAGAGAGCUCUUUCCUCCGUGGCGGGUAGUCAGAUAACACCUGUACCUGACCUAGCACUCCUAAAUCUAGGUAUUGACAAACUUCCCACCCACGUGCGGGUAGUAGUGUCACAUGUGCAACUCAGCCAGGAAGUGUUACACACCCCAAUGUAUUAUUUCCUUUGUAUCUUAUCCUUCGUGGAUUUGUGUAAUUCCUCCACAGUGGUGCCCCGCCUCCUGGCUGACCUUUUCUCUGUACGAAGAUCAAUCUCCAUCGGUGCUUGUGCCAUCCAGUUCUACACUGUUCUUCUGAUGGGAGGUUCGGAGUGUCUUCUCCUGGCCAUCAUGGCCUACGACCGAUACGUUGCCAUCUGCCGACCUCUUCGUUAUCCCAUUUUGAUGCGAUGGAGCGUUUGUUACCGGCUGACUGCCUUCUUGUGGAUAACCAGCUUCUUGGUGUUUGUUUUCCCGCCCCUAAUAUCUCCCGUGCCGCUGUGUAACCCAAACCAGAUCAACCAUUUCCUGUGUGAAAUUCUGGCCAUCAUGACCUUGUCCUGCUAUCAUGUUUAUUCAGACGAGCUUAUGGUCCUCGUUAUAUGUUUUGUGUGCAUGCUCUUGCCCUUUCUGUUCAUUCUAGGGACGUACAUUUCUAUCAUUGCCUCCGUGUUGAAGAUUCGCUCAGCAAAAAGGUCCAAGGCUUUUUCCACGUGUACGUCCCAUAUUACUGUGGUGGUUUUAUUCUACGGGUCGGCGUUGGUCAUGAACUUUGGUGCCACAUCACCCUACUCAAAAAGCCAAGGCAAAUAUAUUUCUUUAUUUUAUCUUAUUAUUUGUCCGAUGCUGAACCCCCUUAUUUAUAGUCUGAAUAAUACGGAAGUGAAGGAUAGGUUGAGGAAACAAAAGAGAUGA